AUGACCAGCAGCGCAGGGGCGACGGCGCGGACCCCCAGCCGCAUAGGACUGAACGCCGGGAAGCUGGUGACGUUCAGCAUCACAAGUACAGCGCGAGCGUCGCAGAUGACAUUUCCGGACGUCCGUGGCCCCGCGUACCGCACACGCGCUGUCACCCUCGGAGGCGCCACCAUCCUGGCGAGGUACCCACCCCCUCCUCAGGAAUUGCACCCCCCAGAGAAGCCUCCACCUUCUACAGCAAGCAUCGCCCUGACUGGUAGCUGGAACCUCGGCCCCUGGGGAGCAUCACGGAAGGCAAGAAGGUGUUUAUUACAGACAGGCCGGCCAUCUCCACCCGACAGGCGGCUCAAGAGGAUCCUGGACUUGGCCCGACGGAGCCCCGGAGAGAAAACGCCCCCCAGAGGCGUUACCAUCCUUCACCCCUCGGCUGCACCACCGUGGGGGCCGAGCGUGCCGAGUGAAAAUGAGCCCUCCUUCCCUCUCCUGGCUCUCGGCCACCCGCAGUCAUUUCUGGAGCGACGCCCAGCUCCCCAGCCCUCCGUGUCGCCUGGCCCAGAGCUUUCAGAAGCCCCCGGAAAAGGGGAGCGGGCGGGGGGGGGGGGGGCUGCGCAGAAGCUGGAGUGUAGACUGCAGACACUCUCACUCAGAGUUGUGAUGUGAUGGGCGGGGCUCCCGGAGACGGUGCCUUUUGCGCAGGAACCUCGACAUCAGCCUGUCCGGCUUCGUGGAGCACCUGUGGUGCCAGCCAGGCGCGAGGACACCCUUGGGGGCGAGGACACCCUCGGACGCGAGGCCGCCACUGUGCUAAGCAGCUCCCGACAUGCGCUUGUGGUCCGCGGGGGGGCGACACAGACACGGACCCUUCCCCAGUUCCCACGGGGGUCUCCGAGACUGUCCCCGGACCCUCAGGGCUGAGCGUCCAGUCAGAGGGGAAGCGGACAGCCAGGGUCAACGCCGCACGUGCCGAGGGUCCCGAGCCAGCUUCCUCCACGCAGAAGGAGAUGGGGUUCUUUCAGGCUGUUUGAGGCUCAUCUCCACGGACGGACACCUUGCUUGUCCCCACUCGGCUCUGGCCACGCAGGGUGGCUGCGACGCGUGCUUCUACAUCGAGGUGGCUUCUCGGCAGAGCCCCACCCCUGCCUGGGCCUCCACCGGCAGCCACACACCCAGGAGGGGCCAGCUGCACCCCCACCUGCCAGGGCACUGGCACCUGCCAGCCUUGAUUCCUUCUAGACUCAGAGGCCAGCCGUGCUCUCUCCCAGACGCUGGAUUCCAGGAUCGGAACGACAGGAUCAAAAUCCCAAUCCCGACAGUUUAGCAACGGUGUGCGCCCGGACACUAAGGCGGGCUGUCGGUUUUUUGUCUGGAAGAAGGAGAUGCUACCUCGGACUUUGCGGUGAGACGCGGCCAGGGAAGGCAGGUGCUGUGCCCGGCGCGGCCAGCAAGAGUCGCGGUCGGUAGCAUCGUUUUUAGUUUUGUGUUUUUCAUUGUGUGUCUCUCCAGCAGGCCCGCUGAGCACGCGGGAUUCCCGGAGCCACCACCGUGGCCUUCCAGAACUCCCCGUGGCUUUGGUCUCUGCCCCACGGCGGGGGCGGGAACUGUCCCUCUGGGAGGUGCCUCAGGCGGUGUUUUGACCUCUGGCCCAGCCUGUUUGCCUGGGUCAAGGCGGUGCCCCAGCGGCGGCUCAACCCGGGCGGUGGGGACCGCCAAGCGAGAGCCAGGGCGGGGUGGGGGCCUGGGGACGGCAGAGCCACAGGCACCGUGCUAGACCCUCCAGAAACUCCCGGGGAAAGCGAGACCCAGGCCAGCCCCUCUGGCCGCCACGGGGUGGGGGUGAGGGGUGCACACGGGCUCCCAAAUGGCUCUAAUUCCAGAGGAAUUCAUGUGGUUUGUGGCAGAGGGACGAGCCCAGUGCCCCGGAGAGAGGACCCUCUCCCGUCCCCGCCGAGCCAGGAGGGGCUGGCCAGCCUCCCGCACUGCUCGUCGCCCACUGAAGACGGCUGUGGAAUCUGGGGCGAGCCGGGGCCCCAGUCGCCAGGUGGCAGGGGAAGUGAAGGCCUGGCCUACAAGAUGGCCCGAGCCCACCCCGCCCCACCUGACCGGUAUUCACACGCCAGGCACCUGCAGCCCGUGCCUCAGCCCAGGGGAGGCACAGCCCCCGAGCGCCCCACGUCCACCCUCCUAGGCUCUCAGACCGACAGGGACCCUGUCCUCUCGUCUUGACCCGUCCAGCCAGACACAGGGCCUGCGUGGGUCCUGCCCCGGAGGCUGCUCUCCGCUCUGAGUCCACGUGGGAUUCCACAGCAAGAAAGUCGAGGCAUCUGCUCAGCUACACCCACACCCCGCAGAAAAGCCUCAGCCUCUGUCGUGGACCCACGGGACGAAAAGCCCUUCGAAGGCAUGGACCACACUCGUCCUCUUCCCUCAGGAGACAUCUGACAGAGCAACCCUCCACUCUCCUCCAGGAAAGCCGGUCCCCCAGGGGAGCGCUCUCUCACAUUGGUCAGAACUGCAAACUCACCGGGCUUUCUCUUCUUGCCGUGGCUGCUAGGAAGCUCGGGCUCACGUUAACUGACGCGCAACACAUUCUCGGGUUCCCGAGGUGAUGCUCUUUCCCCUCCCUUCUAGAUUAUCCCUGAGCCUUUUCUUUCAUUUCUGUGUUUAAGUUCUGUUUCAGUAUUUUUUUCUAGAAGAUUUCCAACUCAGGCACAGAAAAUGUCUAAUUGUGAACCGUAGCCAGCCACCUGACCCCGUAUAAUACAUAAAUAUAAUAACACACAGACGCG